ACGCUCGAUAGGGGAAGCCGGUUUUAAGAAAACGCUCGGAAUCUCGAACUAAUCACGACGCAGUUCAUCCCCAGCACCAGCAGCGUGAUGAUCGCGUUCGCGCCAUUAGCCAUCCUAGCGAUCGUUCUAUCGGCUAGCCCCGGUACAGCAAACACUUUGCACAGCAAUCCCUUCGAUGCGAUCAAGGGAUGUCUCCAGUUCGAUGACGUCCCGGGCUACAACGACACCCCGACGUACAUUGCCACCAACACGUUCCGCAAUGUGGGGCGCACGAGCAGCUCGCGCUACUUCCGGAUCGGUAUCGUGGGCAAGAACGAUGGCCACAUUCGGUUCGGCCGGUCGGCCUUCCCGUUCGACGAGGCGGUCGUCGAGCUGGUCAUCAGCGGUUGGAGCAAUACGCAGUCGGUUGCGCGCCGCCAGACCCGGCGCCGCAAUCAAUCGUUCACCAACGUGCUGCUGAAGGAGGCGUCGACGCCACGGUUGCUGCACAAAUCGCGCCCGCUCGUGUUCCAGCUCGAGGUGUUUGAUAAUGGGCGGGUGCAGCUGACGAAGGACGGCGAACGGCGUCCGUUCUUCGAGUACAGCGAUAGUCAGAACGCGAUCCCGCCGGACUAUAUGGCGUUCGUGAAGUGGGACGUGGAUCUGAUCUACUUCUACGACUGUCCGCUGAACGAUGGUGGGGCAGGGGCGGUGGGAGAGGAGUCGGUGCUGCUGCGCUGCAGCCUUGCUUGAGGUUGAAGGGUAAGGUCGGACAAACGGUGUAAGGGAAUUGGAAAUAAUAAAUAUUAAAAUAAUUCUUAAA